CUGCUCAGCACAGUUCCAGCACCGGGUCACCAUGAACUCCGCAGGCUCCUACCGCACUGGAUUUUCCUCCCUGUCCUCGUCCUCCACUCCACUCGUGACCAGCCUCAGACGUGGCAGCAGCGUCCACGGCGGCGCAGGUGGUCGCAACGUCCGGGUCUCGUACGCCACUAACGACUUCGGCUCCGGUGUUGACCUGACGUCGAUGCUUGGAGGCGGAGGACGCGAAAGUUUCUCAAUGACCGGCAGCGAGAAGUUCACCAUGCAGAACCUCAACGACCGCUUGGCCUCUUAUCUGGAGAAGGUGCGCACCCUGGAGUCCACCAAUGCCAAGCUGGAGAAGCAGAUCCGGGAGUGGUACGACAAGCAGACCCCGGUGGUCCCUGACUACAGCAAGUACCAGGCCAUCAUCGACGACCUGCGCAGAAAGAUAAGUGCUGCCACGCUGGACAAUGCCAGGAUGAUGUUACAGAUUGACAACGCCAGACUGGCAGCAGAAGACUUCAGAAUAAAGUUUGAAAAUGAAAUGGCCAUGCGCAUGUCAGUGGAGACUGACAUUGCUGGAUUACGCAAGGUCCUGGAUGAGCUGACCCUGGCCCGGUCUGAGCUGGAGAUGAAGAUUGAAGGCUUGAAGGAAGAGCUGGUUUACCUAAAGAAGAACCACGAGGAGGAGAUGGCAGCAUUGCGUAACCAAGUCAAUUCCAGUUCUGUCAAUGUGGAGGUGGAUGCCAGUCCUCAGGAAGACAUGUCAAGGAUCUUGAAUGGCAUUAGAACUCAGUAUGAGAACAUUGCUGAGAAGAACCGCAAAGAAAUGGAAGCCUGGUACAAGGUCAAGUUUGACGAACUUAACAAGCAAGUUGCCACCAGCACGGAGAACCUCCAGAGCUACCGGAGUGAGAUCAACGAGCUGAAGCGCACCCUGCAGUCACUGCAGAUCGAGCUGCAGUCUCAGCUCAACCUGAAAUCAGCCAUAGAAGGCACACUGGCAGAGACAGAGUCCCGCUACCAGCUGCAGCUCAACCAGCUCCAGGGCAUCGUCAACACCAUGGAGGAGGAGCUGAGCAGGGUCAGGGCCGACAUCGCCCGGCAGUCCUCAGACUACCAGGUGCUGCUGGACAUUAAGACGAGGCUGGAGAUGGAGAUCGCUGAGUAUAGAAGGCUGCUGGAUGGAGAGGAUCUGAGCAAAUCCUUCGUCACCACUGUAGAAAAGACAGAGACCCAACCUCAAGUAGUGAAGAAGCAGAGGAGGACGUUGGUGAUUGAGGAGAUUGUCAACGGAAGAGUGGUGUCACGCUCAGAAGAUGUGGAGAUGCUCAAGUAGUAGACCAACUACAUAGGAAUGAUCUGGAUCAAAACAUACCUUUUUAAAAGAUAAAUAUCUAUUAAAUGAAAAGAAUAAAAUCUAAUUUGUUGUGUUUACAAAAUUGCAAAAUCUGUACAAGUGUCUUUGCAGCAUUACUCACUGUUUUAAGAUUAAGAUUUGAAUUGAUACUAAUUGAAAAUGACAUUGUCAUGCAAUAAACCAAUUUCUAAUGACAAUAGUACAGAAAAAUUCAACUGUACUUCAGGGUGUGGUGACACCGUGGGCCGUCACAUGAUAAUGCCUUUGCUGGAGAUUUUGGUUUUAUCAAACUAGGUUGUGGCCAAAGUUACAACAUUAAAAAAAAAGAAAAACAGGAACAUAUAUCAUCGUGUUGUCAGUUCUGGAACUGUUAGAACCUAAAGUAAUUUGACAUAAUCAUUCCGUUCAGGAUUGUUUACUCUCUGACCACUGGGUUAAAUGCAUGCACACAGGACAGUGACAUGAGAGAGAUGAAACCUCAUUGUCAUAGUCUGUCUUUUUACAGUUAUGGAAUGUUUGGGCUUUUUAUUGCUGUAAUGUUUGUUUUAGCUUUGCUACAUCUGGUAUUUGAAUUUAUUGCAGUUGAUAUGGAGAGGUUACCUUUCAAUUAAAUGUAUCAAAUCUUUGUUUAGUUUGUGAACUCUGCUGGUAUUAUUUCAAACAAUAAAAGUGAUGAGAAUGAGGAAAGAUUGGUUCUAUCUGUAGGUUCUGUUGGUUUAAGGCAGUUUUUGGCUUUCUGUAGUAAAUGUCCUACAAUCUUUUGUAAACAACAACGAAAAUAAAAUAAAAUUUAGAAAA